ACGGUCUCUAUCUCUUAAUUCGUGCAAGUGGGACCUAGCCCCCGGACAUCGUUUAUUUGACUGAGAGUGCCAGCUGGCAAAAUAUUGGUGGUUUGGAAGGGCACCCGCUGUCAAGAGGUCGUCAGCGUAAAAAAAAAUAAAAAAAUAAAAAUCGUCAGCGUGCCACGUGUGAACGCUGCCAUGUCGUCAAGAGAGCCAGCUGUCAAGCGGUGGGCAAGAGUAAGAGUGUUUGUUUGCUAAAAAAAAAAAAAAAAAAAAAAAAAGGUGCUUGUUUGCUUGCCAACGCUGCAGCCACGUGUGAAAGAUCGUCAGCGUGCCACGUGUGAAAGCUGCCAUCAAAGGAACGCCAGGUAAUUAAAGGAGCGCCAGCUGUUGGCUGCCAAGACUGCCAGCUGUCGAGCCACGUGUCAAAAAAAGUGCCGUUCUCGAGAGUGGCCGAGGUUCAAGAUCAACUGUUGCCUCGUCGGGAUGACUCAAUUCUGCAACCUGCCGCUUGCUAACUGCACGAAUCUGGCCAGGAUGUCCGGCGCGAUACCGAACCAGAUGCCGAACAGGACGCUGAUCCGGAUCCCGAGGCAGAUCUUAGAUCGGAGGUCGGCUCCAUCGCUCGCGAGAGCAAUCCGCUGCACUGCCCCAAGUUCGACUUAUCACGUCUCCUCUAUGGUUACAGUCAGGAUCUCCUCCACCACUCCCCUCCCCUCCUCCCUCUCCUCCCUCUCCUCCCUCUCCUCCUCUCUCUCGGACUUUCCCGUCUGUUGCCGCUGUGCGUUUGGUCGUGUACGUCGCCUGUCCGCAAGUGAAGGCAAUGAGAAGAUGGCUGUGGGAAGGUAUCCGAAUAAGAGAAAGCCAGGAGGGGCAGGGGGGGGGGAGGGAGAGGGAGAGAGAGGAGGUGGUCCACAGGCUGCAGGAGAAGCGGGGGGGAGGGGGAGGAGGAGGAGGAGGAAGAGGAGAGGGGGAAGUUGGGGAUGUUUUAGGAGUGAUUUGACGGGAAACUUCGUCGGAGGCGACGAUCUGCGCUUGUUCUGCCGACCCAGGCAGCGGCCCAUUCCACGUGGCAGGGGGAAUUUGAUGAUUCCAACGGCUCGUCUCCACGUGGCAGGAGAUCGGGACACCCAUCAUCUUGCGCGAAGAACUCGGCGCGUUGUGACCAAGUUCGGUCGUUCUGAAGCAAUUGACGACGCGAAGGAGGAACGUCGACGUGACCCUGUUGAUGAGCUCGAUGGCUAUGGCGAUCGCCCAGAUUUCGACAUAAAUCUCGCUGUCCUCCUCGCUGGCUUCGCUUUCGACUCUUAUAAUACUCCUCAGGAUAAAGAGGCAGUGUGGAAAUCCCAGAGUGAGAAGAGCGACAUUUUGUAUUUGUCAGAGGACCUGGCUGAGCUGGUCCUCCUGCAGGACAAGCUGACCGCCGACCACUUUACAAACUGGGAUGAGAGGAUCCAGAGGMUGGAGACCAGAGUGGCGGAUCUGGGAACYCAGCAGUCAAAGAUCCUGGAUGCUAUCCAGAAUCUGACUGCUCAGUUAACAGCAGCCAAUGUCAUCAGUCCCCUGGUCACUGUGGUCCCCUCUCUGAAGCCCCAAAAGCCUUCUCAGUCCCUUUCUCCACCUCCUUCUCCACCUCCUAAGUCUCCUCAUUCUUCGCACAGAUCUUCUCCCUCUGUCUCCUCCCAGGCCAAAGCCACACCUCAUCCCACCUUUGCUGCUGUUGUUGCUGGGGACCACAGAGGUCCCAAGAUUCCGGCCCCCAACAAAUUCAAGGGGGAUGACCCCAAGAUUGAUGUGGGGGACUGGACAGCUGGAACCCGGGCCUAUCUGAAGGGGUUCCAGUGCCCGGAGCAGCAAAAGGUGGCCACUGUUGUGGGUCUGCUGGAGGGGCCUGCCCAGAAAUGGGCUACCUCUACAGCAAGUGCCCAGAAUCAGACUUUGGAGGACUGGGCCUUGGCACUGGGGGCUGACAAACUUUUGCAGGCCCUGGAAGAUCGGUUUGCACACAAAGAAAGAGUCCGCAAAGCUGCUGAUAAGAUAGUACGCCUGGGCCAGCAGCGUUACAGCGGCAGUCUGCAGGCCCUGUUUGCUGAAUUUGAACAGCUGACUUCCACCCCUGGUUUGGUGAUGUCUGCAGAUGAUCUGUUGACUAACUUUUGCAGGGCUGUGCCUGAAAAGUUAUGUGUUGCGUUUUCAGCGCCGGUCACAAAGACUGGAGAUCAUUUGGACGUGCAGCACUGGAGAGGCGCCUUCCCUCGCGGUGGUAGAAAGGGAAAGGCGGCCUUUGCAUAUGCGGGGUCAGGGUCAGCCUCUGACACAGGUUCCCAGCCUGACGCUCCCUCUACUCCCUGUCCUCCUGAGAUACAGCAGGUUGUGGACCAGUAUGCUGAUCUGAUGCAGGAGCCCUUUGGGUUACCCAACCGGCCAACCAAGCAUCGUAUUGAGCUGCUGCCUGGAGCGGUCCCUCCCAAGGGCCGCAUCUACAGGAUGUCACCUGCUGAGCUCGAGGAGCUCAGGCGACAGCUUGAGACCCUGACCAGCAAAAGCUGGAUCAGGCCCAACACUUCUGAAUUCGGUGCUCCAGUCCUCUUUGUCCCAAAGGGGAGUGGGGAAUUCAGAAUGUGCAUCGACUACAGGGGUCUCAACGAGAUCACUAGGAAGAGCACAAAGCCACUUCCUAGGAUCGACGACCUUCUGGAUAUGGUCCAGGGCUGCACCAUCUUCAGCAAAGUCGACCUCAAAUCUGGCUACCACCAGAUUGAGAUGGCAGAGGAGGACGUCCACAAGACGGCCUUCAAAACCAGGUAUGGUACUUAUGAGUACCUGGUGAUGCCAUUUGGACUCUGCAAUGCACCUGGUACAUUCCAGACUGAGAUGCACCACAUAUUCAGGCCGUACCUUGAUAAGUUUAUGGUUGUCUACCUGGAUGAUAUCCUGGUAUUCAGCAAAACUACCAGGGAAUAUGUGGAGCACCUGGCUCUAGUCCUUCAGUCGUUACGUGACAGCCAGUACAAGAUCAACAGGGAGAAAUCCUCUUUUGGAGUUCCCUCUGUUAUCUACCUGGGUCAUGUAAUCUCUGGAGAUGGUUUGGCCCCUGAAGCAGCCAAGGUUGCUGCUAUUCAGGAUUGGCCACAGCCUCAAACAGUGAGAGAUGUCCGGUCAUUCUUGGGUCUGGCCUCCUACUACAGAAAGUUCGUCAGGAACUUUUCUGCUGUGGCUGCACCCCUGACUAACCUCACGAAGAAAGACACUCCCUUUCUUUGGUCCCUCCACUGUCAAAUGGCCUUUGCAUGACUCAAACAGACCUUGACUCGUGCACCUGUUCUGAAGUUGCCUGACCCCACUCUGCCAUUUGUUCUCACCACUGACGCCAGUCAGUAUGGCAUUGGGGCAGUCCUUCAGCAGGAUGAUGGUAAUGGUCUGAGACCUGUAGAGUUUAUGAGUAAGAAGAUCAAAACUCAGAGGCUUCAGGGACUCUACCUACGAGAAAGAGCUUUAUGCUCUGGUCAGUGCCCUGAAACAUUGGAAGCACUUUCUCCUGGGCAGACACUUCAAGAUCUUUUCUGAUCAUUCCAUCCUGCAGUGGUUGAAGACCCAAGGAGAGUUGAAUGAUAGACCGACACGCUACAUCCAGUUCAUUGAUCUGUUUGACUUUGAACUGAAGCAUUAGAAGGGCUGCUACAACAAAGUAGCAGACACCCU